AUGACCCCCGUCACGACGACGGGGACGACAUCUGCCUUUGCUGGUUCCGACAACAAUACGGACCACCGCCCCGCCCCGCUCGCGUCGCAUUCCAACGUGGCCGCGACGAUAGUCCCCAUCCAUUGCCUCGGGGACGAUCUCGCCGCAGACGCGAUGACCGACGCACUCCCUCCCGGGGACCCCCCAUCAACCAAGACAGUGACAGCGACAGCGACGGCAACCACACCUCAUGCUGCGGUCCAGGAUACCAGUACCAAAGCCAAGGCAUCCGUCGACGACAUAGCCACAGCCGUAGACGUGGCCACCACGACCACCGUGACCGUGAUCGUGACCAGCGCCCAAACCAAACCCAAAACCAAGUCCAAACCCAGAUCCAGAUCCAAACGCAAGGCCAAAACCCAGAACAAACCCAACGACAGGAGAUUCACCAUCACCAUCGCCCUCCCACCCCUGCAGCUGGCGUCCGCGCUCGGAGUCCCCUCUACCGACCACCUACUCCUGCUCGGAGACGUAGCCGUGGCCGCGAUGAUUGUGACUAUGACCGCGAUCACGAAUACAACAGGUAUCGUCCCCCUCGCGCUAAUCCCUCACCCCCUCCUCCUCGGUCUCGCCCGAAGCCUCAUGUUCACGCUCAUAGGCAUCCGAUGUACGGCCCCUCCGCGCCGCUUAUUGUGA